UUUUGUUACAGGAUGCUAUAAUUAUUAUAAUAUUAAAACUAUGCAAGAAUCAAUAAUUAAAGAUGAAUUCGAGGAAAAUAAUGAAAAUAGAGAAGAGGAGAAUAACAUCGUUUCUUGUGAAGAACAGCCCGAACAACCAGAAAAGAUAAGUGCCCGUAGCUACGCGACUUUGUUAAGAAAAGAUACUAUUAAUAUAAUCGCCAAUUCUACCGUCUGUGUGUUUCAAUGGAACAAAAGUUGGUACACAUGUUAUUUUUGUAAAGAAAGUUUUAUCAAUAUAGACGAAUUGAGAAGACAUAACGACAUUCACACGUUAAAAGAAUUGGACGAUAGAAUCAUAUCUCAGCAAAAUAGAAUGGUUAAAAUUGAAAUAUCGCAACUAUUCUGUAAAAUAUGCAAGAAAGAAUCGACCAGUAUACAAGAAUUACGUAAUCAUUUAAAAAAACACGAAAUACAUUUUAAUUUAAAUGAAGAUUUAUUAAUACCUUUUAAAAUUAAUCAAAAUCUUCAUUGUCAAUUAUGUAAUGAGACAUUCGACUCAUUUUGGCUUCUUAAUAUUCAUAUGAAUAAACAUUAUAAAAAUCAUGUAUGUCCCGUAUGCGGUACAACAUUUUCAAACUCUGUACUUCUAACCCUUCAUAAAAUUAGAUCGCAUCGUAUAUGGCGUUGUAUACAAUGCGAUGUUACCUUUAAUACGAAAGCUGAAAAAAAAACUCACGAUAUAUCUAUACAUAAGCAACAGAUAAAAAAGAAAUUACGAUUCCCUUGUAAAUAUUGUCAAGAGCGUUUCUCACAAGAAAAUAAUCGCACGCAACAUUUAGUUGAUGCGCACGGUUUGCCCAAACCUGAACAUAAAUGUCAACUUUGUUUUAAAGUAUUCAUUACGCGUAGUUUACGAAAUAAUCACAUCAAAAAUGUACAUCAAAAAGAGAAGAAUAAAGAAUGUGACGUCUGUCAUCGACUAUUCUAUGCCAAAUCUGACGUUACGAGGCACAAAGUGACACAUACUAAAGAAAAAAAAGUCGCCUGUGAAUCGUGCGACACGCUAUUUGCGACUAAAGAUUCUUUGCGCAAACAUAUAAAGAGAAUACAUACAAAUGUACCAAUAAAAUAAUAUAAAAUUACUUUCAGAUUUCAUUUAUAUGUCUAAUUGUAAUCAGCCUCUUUACACAAAGUUCAUUUGCUCCAAAGCGAUUCCAUAUGGAAUUUCAAAAAUGUAUAGCGAGGUUGAUUAUGGCCUAAUCACCCA